GCCCGGAACCUCUCUUGACCCUUUUGCCUUUUUGCCUCCGCACCUUUUCCCUGUUCGCCCUUCGCACUACGCCGGCAUCCUGGACACCUCCCCCGAAGAUGACCCAAUCCGACUCUUCUGCGGGCUCCAGCCGCUCGGAUCUCGACAUCGCGUCCGGCUCCGAGGAGGAGCUUGACCACCACCAAAAUGACGCCCCCUCCAGUCCGGUCGAGCAGCAUGCCCAGGCGCCCGCCAAGCUCUCGGCCGAGGAGGGCGACAUGCUGCAGAGCCUCUUCGAAUCCUUCGAUGCAGAUGGCGACGGCGUGCUCAAUGCCACGGAGUUCGCCAGGCUGCUGGAGGGACUGCGGGAGGGGUCGAAUCCGCCUCUCAUCGAGCGCCAGACCACCAGGUGCUGGGAUCAUGUCAACCAGAUGCUGUCGCAGCUGAGCCCCGAAGACGGCCACACGACCGCGGUCACCAAGCGCAACAUCCAAAUGAUCCUCGAGGAACUGUAUGACCAGGCAUUCUUCGUGACGGAGCUCGGCCUGCCAGCCACCCGGUCGCGGACGCCAUUGUCGCCGGAGCCGCGGUCGAGCGCCGGGUCUGGCCUCAAGUCCAACCCCGAGCUCUUCAUGAUGCGCACAAAUGACGCCAAGAACCUGGCGCUCCUGUCGUCGGUGACGGCCACCUCGCCGCCGUCGAAUGUCGGGCGCGCGUCGCGGCGUUACGGCGGCGAAACCGAGGCCCGGUCGGCCGGAUCGCGCGGCGGCUUCGGGGCAUCGGUCAACUCGGCGGCACGAGCCCAGGAGCGCAGCGAUGUGUCCCCCGAGGAGCAGGCCGAGAUCGAGAAGCGCCGGAUGCUGGAGCGCGAGCAGCUGGCCCGGCGCCUGAACAUGGCCAUGAACUUCUCCAGUGCCAGCCGCCGGGCCGCGCCCAGGGGCACCGGCCCACAAUCGUUCGCUCACGGGACGAACCCCGCGAACAUUGGCCAGACCGAGAAAGUCAAGGUGACCGGCUUCGGCGUCGUGUAUCCCACUUCCUCGGCUGUGACAUCCAAUGCCUCGUCGGCGGGCGCCCGGCCAGGCACCGCGACCGAGGCGCUGCUGGCCAAGGAACGUCUCGAUGCCCAGAAGAAGCAGGACAGCGAGCGCGAAUUGGCACGCAUUCUGGCCGAGAAGCACCGGUCCGAGAAGGCGGCCCGGGCCUGAGAGCGCCAUUUCCCAACGCGCAGACGGCAAGGGCAGAGAAGACAGACAGGCGGCAGGGGGAUGGAAAAAAGGAAAGAAAGAAAAGAAAGAGUAAAAAGACCAGAUGAAAACCUCUCACAGGAUGGUCCCCGCGCGUCUCGUGCCCGCCCCCCCC